UUCCCCGCACGAGCUGCAUUAAAAUCUUUUACAACUCUUCCAAUUCCUCGUAAUUGCCUUCUCCAUACUCAGUAUUCCUAUAGACACCCGCUAGACAGAGCUGCUACACCUAGACAAUGGCCUUUGCCCGCAGACUAGCCAUCAUCCCCGGCGGCCUCGGGUUGGGUUCUCACAUCGGCAAAAAGCUGCGUGCAGAAGGCGCCCGGAUCGCGAUCCUGUACGCUCCCUUCGAAGCCUCGAAGCGCGAUGAGCUUCUCGCCGCAGGAUACAGCGACGCGCCCGCCUCAGGCCCCAACGACAUCCGCACGUACGAAUGCGACAUCACAUCGCCCGACUCCGUACGCAACGCAUUCACCUCAAUCACGAACGAGACGACCGCCGCAGACCUCUCCGACCGCACGUUCCCCAGCAUCCUCAUCAAUACUGCCGGUUACGUCUCCCUGAGCGACAUGCACCUGACCCCGCCCGAGGAGACCCUCAAGCACCUAACUACGAACGUCUACGGCCCGAUGCUCUGCGCGCAGGCAUUCGCGAAUCUCUACUUUGCUGCAUCCCAAGCAGCCUCAGCGGAUGACCCCGCGCCCCCAGGCCGUAUCGUGAAUCUGGCCUCCAAGGCGGCCCAUGUCGCGCUGCACCAACACGGCGCGUACUGUGCGUCCAAGUCUGCGGUGCUGGGUCUGACGCGGUGCAUGGCGAGCGAGUGGGGCCCUAGAGGGAUUACGGCGAAUACAGUGUCGCCGACGGUGGCGUGGACGGAUUUGGGGAAGAAGGCCUGGGGCGCCGAGGGGGUGAAGGAGGCCCUGCUGGAGAAGAUCCCUACGGGGAAGGCUUGUUUGCCUGAGGAUGUUGCGGAUUCGGUUGUUUUCCUCUGUCGGGACUCGAGUGGCAUGAUUAAUGGUGGAGAUAUUAAGAUGGACGGGGGUUAUACUAUUCGGUGAUUUAGGCCUUGGUGUGCAGAGCGAAUAGACGAAGUAUACAUGAACUCCACUAAAUAGAGCCUAUUAACUCAUCUCAUUAUUUAUUAUCAGUUACAGUGUACAUACAUUAACUUC